AUGCGUAGUAGAACUGCAUUCAGGAGUCUUUUUAGAUUCCCCAAUAGUGGGGCUCUUUUGCUGCAGCAGCGACACACAGCCUCACAGAUGCCAUCAGAAGAGGAAGUUCGAAGUGCCUACGCGGCACUAGGCGUCGCCACUUCUUCUCCAUUUCAAGAUGUGAAGAAACGAUAUGUAGAACUUGCGAAACAACAUCACCCAGAUGUUAACAAUGGGAGUGCGGGUGACGCGUCUAAACGCAUGGUUAACAUUAACAACGCCUACGCCACUAUAAGUCGGUUUCAUAAGGCAGGUGGUGUACUGUCUGGUGGAUCUCGUCCAUCUCAGAAUAAUAAAAACAGCAACAAUUCAUAUGCUUACUAUACCUCAAGUGACGAGCCGUAUCAGCCGUGGCACGAGGAUCUUAACCCUCUCAUUUAUGAAAUGAUGUGGGAUGAAAUGCGUCGACAGGCCGAGAGCGAGGCGUAUGCGCGGGGUCCUCCUUAUGAAAGUAAACGGCGUCAAAACUAUCAACAGCAAAACCAUCAUAAUCACAAUCAUAAUCAUCAGCAGCCACAACAAAAACAACAACAACAACAACAUGGCUCAGAUACAUCAAGAAGUGGACAAAAAAAGCCACACAAUGACAACCGUCGUCGACCAAAGAAUAGUACUCCCCGUAAGACCACAACAUGGCCUGAUGCUGAUCUGAAUGCGAUGGUGAAUAUGUACCAAGAUGGGAAAAGUUUUGAUUUUAUCGCCAAUGCAUUAGGGAAGAAAACACCUGAUGUUGUCGCUGAAUUUAAUCGUUGGAGUGAUGACAAUAGGCGAUCAUCACAUCCAACGCAAAGGCGUCCAAGAGGUUACUACUACGCGGAAUCUCCUGAUAUUGAUUUCACAGACUUCGCGGAAGACCUUGAGGAUCCGUAUGGAUAUGGUUUUGAUGAAAAUGAGUAUGUGGACCCAGAAGAAGUUUUCUUCGACGGUGGCGCAAUUCCGUUUAACGGCGGGCAUUACAUGAGUGGACACCGCCCACGACGCGGUGGUGGUGGUGGUGGUCGUGGAAGAUACGGGACGAAUAAUCGCCAGUGGUGA